GUUUCCGGUUCCGCCCGGGCUGGCCGGCAGCGGGUGGCGGGGCGCCGGGGGCGCGGGGGAUGCACGCCCUCAGCCAGGAAAUUCGCGCCUUCUCCCGGAAGGGCCUGCGGAAGCAAUGCACCAGGGUGACCUCGCUGACCGGGAGGACCACCGUAGAAACAUGGGACGGCGCGCGGCGUGUCGUGGUGGAGGCCGGGCCGCCGGGCCGCGGGGGCAGCUGCGGAUUCGUGCCGGACCUCAGCCUCGACCUGCGGGUCGCCGUCCUGAAGCCCUGGUUGCUGCUGGGGUCACAAGAUGCUGCUCAUGAUCUGGAUACUCUGAAAAAGCACAAGGUGACCCACAUUCUCAAUGUUGCAUAUGGAGUUGAAAAUGCUUUCCUCGGUGACUUUAUAUAUAAGAGCAUUUCUAUAUUGGAUCUUCCUGAAACCAAUAUCCUGUCUUAUUUUCCAGAAUGUUUUGAAUUUAUUGAACAAGCAAAAGCAAAGGAUGGAGUGGUUCUGGUUCAUUGUAAUGCAGGAGUUUCCAGGGCUGCUGCAAUUGUAAUAGGAUUCCUGAUGAAUUCUGAAGAACUCUCAUUUACCAGUGCUUUUUCUUUGGUGAAGAAUGCAAGGCCUUCCAUAUGUCCAAAUGCUGGCUUCAUGGAGCAGCUUCGUACAUAUCAACAGGGCAAAGAAAGCACUAAGUGUGACAACAUACAGGAGUCAGAAAGGGGUGACCAGUCUGUGAGUCACAUUCCAGCAGAUAAAGGACAACUGUAAUUUCUGCAUUGGCCCCUACAGCUACCCGUCCUUGUUUUUGAAAAGUAGACCAGUAAAAACUUACUUCUGUCUUGGCGUUUUUCAAGUAGAAAUGGAGGUGAAUGGAUUGUCUUGAGCUAGAGUAUAAAUACAUUUUUAAGUUAUA